AUGUUGGUAGCCGGGGCUCCAGUGGCACUUCCCGUCCCUUCCGGGCUCCUCUCCAUCCCUAGCCGCUAUCCCCACCAGAAUACUCAUGCUCACGCCGUCGUCUCAGCUUCUUCCUCCUCCCCCGCCAUGCCAUCUUCUUCCUCUUCCUCUUCUUCGCAUUAUCCCUCUGCAGCCUCCGCGGAAAUCCCGGCACCGAAACCCUUCGUCUACAACCGCGCCUCGCCCUCUGUCCGGUGGCCGGACCUCGACAUGUCCGAAUACUACUCGGAGCCUCCUCCGCCGCCGAAAUUCCCUUCACCCCUGCCCCCGGAGCCCGAGCUAGGCUUGGGAUUUCCAGAUGAUGAACCGUCAUGGGAAGGUACUGAGGCUGCCUCGGGAAUCGGGGAAGGAAAAGAGGGGGAAAGCGGGCCGCUGGAGUUAUCGGAGGAGAAGCAGAGCCGGACGCGGGCAAAGAAGAUGACGAAGCUAGCGCUGAAACGGGCCAAGGACUGGAGGCAGCGUGUGCAGUUCCUGGUCGACCGGAUUCUCACCCUCGGAUCCGGCGAGUUCGUUGCAGAUGUGCUCGAUUCGAACUUCGUCCAGAUGACACCCACGGACCUCUGCUUCGUCGUCAAAUCGGUUGGCCGCGCCAGCUGGCGACGCGCACUCGAGGUGUUCGAGUAUUUGUCCCUGAGACAAUGGCACUCCGCCCCCGCACACAACCCCAGAAUGCUUGCGACGAUCGUCUCCGUCCUCGGCAGACACAACCAGGAUGCACUUGCUGAGGAGAUCUUCUCCCGAGCGACCAUCCCGCCGGAGACCUCCACCUCGUCCGCUGGAGCGGCGACUGUGACUGCCGUACAGGUGUAUAACGCGAUGAUGGGUGUGCACGCCAGAGCAGGGCGCUUCGACAAGGUGAAAGAGCUGCUGGAGGUGAUGCGGGAGCGGGAGUGUGAACCCGAUCUCGUCAGCUUCAACACUCUGAUCAAUGCAAGGGUCAAAUCGGGGCGGGUUCCGCCAGGUUCGGCCCUCGAUCUGCUCCAUGAUAUCCGUCGGGCGGGGCUCCAACCAGACACCGUCACCUACAACACGCUGCUCACUGCAUGCUCCAACAGUGGGACUUCCUGCUUGGAGGAUGCUGUAAAGGUUUACUCCGACAUGAAGGCGUCGGGUUGCCAACCGGACCUCUGGACGUGCAACGUUAUGGUGUCCAUCUACGGUCGGUGCGGGAUGCCACGGGAGGCCUCACGACUUGUUCAGGAGUUGGAAGAUAAGGGCUUUGCCCCAGAUGCGGUUACAUACAAUUCUCUGCUCCAUGCUUAUGCGAGGGAGGGAGAUGCUGAAAAGGUUGAGAAGGUCUGCGAGGACAUGGUCAAGGCGGGAUUCAGGAAGGACGAGAUCACCUAUAACACCGUAAUUCACAUGUACGGAAAGCGGGGAAACCCAGAUUUGGCAUUCCAGUUCUACAGGGACAUGCAGCUCGCUGGCUGCAGACCCGAUGCCAUCACUCUUACGGUGCUGAUUGAUUCAUUGGGCAAGUCUGGUCGGAUAACUGAGGCAGGUGAUGUGAUGUCAGAGAUGUUGGACGGUGGGGUGAGGCCUUCCUUGAGGACAUUCAGUGCCUUGAUCAAUGGGUACGCCAAGGCAGGGAUGUAUGUUGAAGCAGAGCAGAUGUUUGACCACAUGUUGAGAUCAGGGAUCAGACCUGACAAUCUAGCUUAUUCGGUUAUGCUAGAUACAUUGCUGAAAGCGGGUGAUUUGAGGAAAACGAUGACCCUCUAUCAGGAUAUGAUAGACAAUGGAUUCAACCCUGACAGGAACCUCUAUCGUGACUUGAUUUUGGCCCUUAAGAAGGAAGGCAAAGAUGACAAGGUUGAAGGGCUUGUAAGUGACAUGGAACAGGUUAUGAAUCCAGGGCUAAUUUCAUUGACUCUUAUCAAGACAGAAUACUUUGACCUUGGUUCUGAGAUGCUGAAACGGGCGAUCACCCAAGGAUAUCAGAUUGAUGAGGACGACUUGGCAUCCAUUUUAAAUGCAUACAGCUCAACCGGAAUGGACGAGAAAGUCAGCACUCUUCUUCAUUGUUUAAAGGAACAUGGUUCCAACUCCCAAAGAUUGCUGAGUGAAUUUUCAAUUAUCAUGCUGUGCAAAAAGCAGCAAUUGGAAAAUGCUCUGGAGGAGUAUAAUAAAUUGAAAUCCGUCGGUUUUCUGUAUGUCAAUGUUAAAUCUCAAGUGUAUGAGUCCCUGAUUGUGUGCUGUGAAAAGAAAGGAGCCCUUUCUGAAUCGUGUCAGUUGUUUUCGGAUAUGACCUUUUCUGGCAUUGAGCCUUCACAGAGCGUCUAUCAAAGCAUGAUCUCAACAUACUGUAAGAUGGGCUUUCCUGAGACAGCUCAGCAUUUGUUACAUCGGGCUGAAAGUGCCGGUCUACUAUUUGGUAAUCUUUCACCCUACCUUACGCUGAUUGAAGCAUACGGGAAAUUGAAGCUAUGUGAGAGAGCAGAAAGCUUGGUUGGGAACCUUAGAAAUAAAUUCCAGUCCAAGGUUGAUAGGAAAGUUUGGAAUGCACUAAUUUAUGCUUAUGCUGAGAGUGGCUAUUAUGAGAAAGCCAGAGCUAUUUUCAACAUCAUGAUCAGAGAUGGUCCUUCGCCAUCAGUGGAUUCUGUUAAUGGUCUCUUGCAAGCAUUGAUUGUUGAUGGGAGGCUGGAGGAGCUAUACGUUGUCAUCCAAGAGCUCCAAGAUAUGGACUUCAAGAUAAGUAAAAGCACCAUUCUUUUAAUGCUUGACGCAUUUGCAAGAGGAGGAAAUAUAUUUGAGGUGAAGAAGAUAUACCACGGAAUGAAGGCAGCUGGGUACUUGCCCACCAUGCAUCUGUACAGAACCAUGAUUAGUCUGCUGGUCCGUGGAAAACGGGUUAGAGAUGUUGAACUGAUGGUUGCAGAGAUGGAGGAAGCUGGAUUCAAACCCGACCUUUCCAUCUAUAACUUAAUGUUGAAAAUGUAUUUGAAGGUCGAGGACUUUAGAAGGACUGCAGAAGUUUACCAAGGGAUCUUGAAUAAAGGUUUUCAGGCAGAUGAGGAUACUUACAAUUCCCUCAUUUUGAUGUACUGUAAAGACAAUAGACCCAAAGACGGCCUAUAUUUGUUGAAUGAAAUGACAAGACAUGGCUUGGAACCCAAGGUGAAUGCAUAUAAAAGCUUAUUGGCCGCCUUCGGUCGGGUAGAACAGUGGGAGCAGGCAGAAAAGCUUUUCAAAACCAUCCAGUCAAAGGGCUAUGUAUUGGAUCGUUCCAUAUACCACAUAAUGAUGAAGAUUCAUAGAGACUCUGGGAACCAUUCAGAAGCAGAGCAUGUUCUGUUUCUGAUGAAAGAAGCCGGCGUAGAACCAACAAUUGCUACAAUGCAUCUGCUCAUGGUUUCAUAUGGCAGUGCCGGACAACCACAGGAAGCAGAAACUGUGCUUAACAGCUUGAAAGAUUCUGGUUUGGUUCUUAGCACAUUGCCAUAUAUGUCUGUCAUCGAUGCUUACCUGAAGAAUAGGGAGUAUGACUUGGGGAUUAAGAAAAUGUUGGAGAUGAAGGGUAAUGGGUUUGAACCCGACCAUAGGAUAUGGACAUGUUUUAUCCGUGCAGCAAGUUUGUGCUGCGAAACGAACCAAGGAAUAAUGCUUUUACGUGCACUUCAUGAUGUUGGGUUUGAUCUUCCUAUUAGGUAGUUGAAUGCUUUCUGGGAUGAUUCAUUUUGGGAAAUAACAUGCUUUUGUUACUCAGGACUAAUAUUCAACCUUUCCUCUCACACACAUCUCGCAGGAUUUUGACAGAAAAGGCUGAGACACUAGUCCUAAAACUUGACAGCUUUCUUGACCAGCUAGGAUCUCAAGAGGAUGCUUCUUUCAACUUUAUCAAUGCUUUGGAGGACCUCUUAUGGGCAUUUGAGCGUCGUGCCACUGCAUCAUGGCUUUUCGAGUUGGCAAUCAAGAAGGGAAUUUACCGACACAAUGUGUUCAGGUAAUCACAGAUACUCAUCGUGAACUUAGCACACUGACUGUACUGAUUAUUUACAUUUACCUGGUUUAGUGUUUUGAGCUGGGUAAGUUGGAGCAGCUCUGAUCCUGGGAUAAAUCAAUGCUGAUUUCAUGGAAAUCAACAAUGAUCGAUCGAUGUGAGAAAUUUGUAAUACUAAACCGGGAGGAAGGGCUUUUGAGAAAAAUCCUAAAGCAGCUGAUAAGAAAGAGAUAAUCCAGAAAUGGUGGAAACCAAUGGGUGAUUAUUCAAUAUUGAUGUCAUUUUGGAGUAUCUUUGUUUACCAUAAUGCCCAGUUGGCAUUGGAUAAAAUUUAAAGUUUAAGAUUGUGUGAAUACUUAAUUAAAUAUUCAGAUGAUUUUUAUUUUUACAACUAUAAACACUCAACUACGCUUUUUAAUUUCAGGAUAAAUGAUUUUCUGUUGAUGCCCAUUCCAAUCCACAUGAUAAACCUAUUUUCAUCAUCUCAAUCUAACUAAAAUGCAUAUUUUCUAUUCCCCAUAAAUUCUGUUAUUGUGUAUAGCUGUAAAAGCCACAGUGGAACUGGAAUUACGUGAUGUUAAUGUUGUUGGUCCUGGCUCCCUAUACCCUUACCUUUGAAUCCUAAUCUUUGACAGCUACUAAAGAAUGACUUACUUAUUGGUGUGAUUUAUAUAUUUAUUUAUGAUUUAAUUUUGGAGUGUUAAUUUUUAUUUUUUAAAAAAUUUAAAUAUAAUGAUUUGGUGCAUCUGUGAGGUUGAAAUUUACUUGGCGACAUUAAUCCAGGGUUUCAGAGAAAGACUGGGGCGCAGAUUUCAGGAAGCUCUCUGCUGGCGCUGCCCUUGUUGGCCUUACGCUGUGGCUUGAUCAUAUGCAAGUGAGUUUCUUCCCAGAACUAUGUUCAUCUUCCUGGCUAAUCUUCAGAUUGAAGGUUUACCAAAGCAGGCUCCCUUGAUUGUUGAUAACCCAUUCAUGUGUCAAUAUGAGAUAUUAUUUCAAUUUCCAAGACAGUUAGAUUUGGUGAACGCAGUGAACAAAAACUGUAGGACGGUGGGGCAUAUCUUUCCAAAAAUUAGUGCAAUGUGUAGGGAAACACUCCAUUGGAAAAAGCAUAACUUUUGCUCUAAGCUUUGGGAAGGAAUGUUAUAUUUCAAUCUUGUUGGACGAGAAGAUUGCUUUAAGGGCCUCCUCGUGAAGAAAAGGAAUUUGAAAAAGUUUUAUGCUUGCACGAUGGCAUGAUGCCAUGAAGGAGAGUCAUGGUUUUGACUUUGUGAGGAUAACUGUCAGAAAUAAUACAUAGAAAUCAAGAUGCUAUAAGAGAAGCUUGUUUGGUUUAGGAUCCUCCGUAACCGUUCAUUUAUCAAAACCUGUCUACUUUUUUUCAUUAGCUUUCUUUAGUCUUCUAAAACUGUUAGACGGUUACUAUAUCCAGUCAAUAUCAUGUUUGCUCGGCCAUUACAGCAAUUACCAAUAGGCAAUUUCUGGCAAGAAGACGUGAUAAUCGGAGGACUACACAGUGACCUGAAGCAAAUUAGCCCCUUUUAACAUUGCUAGUUCCACGAGCAGAAACAGGUAGAAGCUUAUAUGCCCUUGCCAUACUAUGGGCUCCCGAUUGGCAAGUGAUAAUGUAUGCACUAAAGAGGUAAAUGACGAGGCAAUCAUAUCCCGAGGAGAGUUACAACGGAAACUCAUCAUGCAUAAAAAGUUGCCACCAGAGCUUCUUAAUGUUAGUUAACAUGUUCUCCGUUACUUUCCAGUGUUAAUAUUCUAAUCGAGGGAGCUCUUUGUGUCUUGGCACCAGGAUGCUUCACUGCAGGGAACACCUGAGUCACCAAAGUCUGUUGUCCUGAUUACGGGAACUGCCCGCUAUAACAUGGUUUCUCUCUGUGACACAUUGAAGGCGUAUCUCUGGGAGAUGGGAUCACCCUUUCUGCCCUGCAAAACUCGCACUGGUUUGCUUGUGGCCAAGGCUCAUUCUCUUAGGAUGUGGCUGAAAGAUUCUUCCUUCUGCACGGACCUCGAACUGAAGGAUGCUCCUUCUUUACCCAAGUCAAAUACAAUCCAGUUAGUUGACGGAUGCUUUAUGCGGGCUGGUCUGGUUCCAGCGUUUAAAGAAAUAUUCGAGCGGAUGGACCAAGUGGGACCAAAGAAGUUUGCGAGGCUGGCACUAAUGUCGGAUGAGAAAAGAGAAAAAACUAUCACUGCUGAUAUCACGGGGAGAAUGGAGAAGUUGGAGAAGAUGAAGAAGGGGGUUGUCAGAGCAAGGAGGCCAACAAGACUCCAGAAUGGAAGAUUUAUGAGAAGGCGGCAUCGCUCGGAUGCACAAUCAACAUCUGAUUAA